AUGACCUUCAAGCUGUAUGAUGGGGUCUUGAGAGCAAAAGUUCUUCCACCUCCAUCCAACCUGGACUACUCAUUUAUCCAAAUCUGCACUCUGAACUGGACAUGGAACCCCCCACAGAACGUCAGCAGUAGCUGCAACCUGGAGUAUUCCAGUGACAUCGUCAUUAACGAGGUUCCUCAGGACAAAACAGAAUGGAGUAAGAAUCUCUUCCGUGUGACAGACGCGUUCUUGGAUGAGGAAAUGCGUUUCAAAGUGAGAAGUGAGUGCAAGCAUGAUAACACCAGUGAGCCCAGUCCAUGGGUGGAGACCUCCCUUCUGCCAAAAGGUAUUCCAGGUACUGCUGCUGUUGACUUGAGCUGUGUUUGGCACAAUUUGGAGUACAUGGCUUGUACGUGGCGUCCUGGGGAGAAUGUAAGCAGUGAUACCAACUAUACCUUGUUCUACUGGUUUGAUGGUUUGAAAAACCCAAAGAAGUGCAGCAACUAUUCUACAGACCAAGGACUCUUCGGAUGCGUUUUCAAUUUUACCUUUCGAAAAGUCACCAAUACUUACCCGACUAUAAGUAUUUUGAUAAGAGAUGACUCUGAAGAAAUUAGACCUGUGUGUGCAAGUAAAAAUCCUACCACCCUUGUAAAACCUGCUACACCAAGUCAAGUGACAUUGUCAAAGAUUAAUGAUAAAAUAGAUGUAAAAUGGAGUGAAUCAGAAACCUUUCCAAAAGGCUGUUUGCUUUAUGAAGUUAAGUAUCGCAAUAGUGAUUUGGACACCGGUCGGAUAAUUCCAUCUGAAGAGAAUUCUGUGUCAAUUUCUGGCAUUGAUCCCAAUAGCAAGUACAUCUUCAAAGUGAAAGCAAAGCCAAAGCCCGACUGUUACAGCAGCGAGUUCUAUAGUGACUGGAGUGAAGAAAAGAGCAUUGGUGAGAAGAGGGACUCUACAAUCUCUUUGGUUCUAAUAAUUACUAUUCCAUUAAUAGUAGCAGUAUCUACAAUAAUUCUACUGGUCUAUCUGAAAAGGCUGAAGAUAUUAAUUCUUCCACCAAUUCCAGACCCUAGAGAAAUUCUUAAGCGCAUGUUUGGAGAGCAGAAUGAGGAUUCCCAGAGCUAUGCAAAGGAUGAUUCCAUGAAUGCUUACGACAAGUUAAUUAUGGAAGAAGAAAUUCAUUCUUUAAUUUUAACAGAAACUUCAGAGACUCCUAAUUCUGAAAAAGAAAACAGAUGAACUGUGCUUUAUCAGUGAAAGAGGAGGAAGCUCAUUCCUGCUCAUACCUCAGGUGACAGUGUAGAUGUGAAGAGGCCCAUGAGACAUUCAGCUCUCACCUCACUGAGUCCUCCUCUGAUGCACAGGAGAUGCAUCACUAACUGUGGCUGUUCUUCCAUCUCUCUGAUCAUCCAAGAUCACUCCAGAGGAGCAUGUACAUAAAUCCUGUCACUGCACUGCAGCAUCUCCCAUUCUGGCUUCAACCAGCUCUGCCCUGUUACUUGUCACUUGCACUUGAGUUUGUGCCUCACAGGAGACUGUCAGUGCAUUUUUUUGGAGCAAGCACUGUGACUUCUCUGAAAUAUUUGUCUCUGUUUUGCAGUAGGUGAGAUAAGGUUCAUGUACAGUACAUGGCUCAUUAGUGCUGUUGCAUGGAGCUGCUGCCAGGUGUGGUCCCAGAGCACAGACUGUUUGUGGAUGGCCCCGUGUCUGUGUGUGCCUGGGCACUUUCUGGAGGGCACUUAAGGACUGACCUUCUUGAGUUUCUGGUUGAUGUGCAUCAGCUGUGGCCUGGUCAGAUAUCUUAAAAGAGGGAGGUUUUUUUUCUUUGAAAAUGUGUAUGAAAAGCCUCUCUGCUUUCCAGCUGGUAUUCAGAAUAUUCAUAGAAAAGGCUUAGUAUUAUAUCCUGUCCUCUGAUGCCUUGCCUUCAUGGACUUCUUGGGUUAAUUAUACUUUGUUUCAAAUUAUAUAGAUUUUUUUACCUGUGCUGUGCAGUGGCAGAUAACUGUAUUGAGUCUUACCAGACUGUGAUUCUACUUUGGCCAUAUUGGCCUGAAAACACGAUUUUUGGAAGCAAAGUCAUCCUGAGUCUGUCCAGCAGAAUUACCAGGAUGGAUGCUUGAGUCAAAGGAGCUGUGGUCAAAUUGAUAGCAAGUGUUAACCCACCAAAACUGAAAUAAUUCAAAGGCUUCAAGACCCAUCCUUACUGCCAAGCUGAUGCUUUUGGGAGAAGGGGGGAGAUAACAACCUUGGCCUGUUUUCUAAGGGAUAAGUUUUAUUAUUUCUAUAGUGAUGAGACUGUGAUUUGAGCUUCCCCUCUAGGAGCUUAGCUAUAUAAAACAAGGUGCUGACUGGACUUCUAAAAAAAAAAAAUUGUUCUAUGUUUUACUGCA